GAAAAGUAGGCGCCCGCCACUGUCAUGCUUGUCACGCUAAUCAGUUUGGCUCUCGUUCUGGAGACGCGCGGUCGCGAAUUAACAGAGGACGACUACGAACGUGGGGGCGUUAAUUUCGCCCACCUCGGCAAACGGAUAUUCGGGAAUCCGAACGAGGAAUCGGGCCGAAACGUUGACGCAUGGAAGCCGGGCUAUCGGGAGAAUCCGGAAUUCCUCGGCACCUACGCCGAGGGCGAUAUACUUUUCCCGCCGCUGCUUUUGCGUAUGGCCGUAAAGUCGGAAUCGAGGCGAUGGGUCCAUGGCGUCAUACCGUACGUGUUCGGCCCGGAGUUUUGGUUCUUUCAAAGAUUCGUGGUGUGGAGAGCGAUGGCGGCUUUCCAUCGGGAGACUUGCAUCAGAUUUGUGGAGCGUUCGGAUCGGGAUAAAGAUUACGUGCUGUUCAUCUCGAGGCACGCGGGUUGCUACUCCAGCAUCGGUCGCACGGGAGGUAAACAGGUGGUCAAUUUGCAGAUGCCAGCUUGCCUGAGAAGUGGGACGAUCAUUCACGAGCUGAUGCAUGUAAUCGGCUUUGCCCACGAGCAGUCACGUUUCGAUCGGGCCAGAUAUAUCACUAUUGCCUUUGAUAACGUGCAUCCCAAUAUGACCAGCCAAUUCGAUAUGUCAUCUAAAGAGGACUUUACCGAUUUGGACGAACCGUACGACAUUCGUUCCAUCAUGCACUACUCCUCGUAUGCGUUUACGUGGAACGGUCUUAUGACGAUGGUUCCCAUCGAUGGAGUUUCGAAAUUGGGCCGCGGCGACUAUUUUACCCGUACAGACGUCAGGAAGGUGAACAAGUUGUACCAGUGUGCACGAUCAAGCAUUUAGCUUUGGCUAAUUGUUGCCAUUGAAAUCUAC